GCAAAAAUAUAAUAUCAUCCAAUCUUACUAAAAAAUUAUAUGCUUAAACUUCAACACGGCUCAAGAAACUCUAGCUUUUCCUUGUGAGUCACUCUACCUUCUUCAUUUUUUCUCUUCUCAUAUUGAUAUUUUCAGGUGGGAAAAGUUCAUACAAAUCAUUCUAUAGCCCUUCUUUUUCCUUUAACUUGAGAAGAAUGGAGGGUGUACAAGUGAAGGGUAAGAAAAGCCUGAUAAUGAAGACAUGGAAACACUGUCUAUCACUAGGAGCAAGAAGGUCAAACGAAAAUCCACCCUGCGAUUCAUUGUCAAAGAGCAAAUCCUGGAACUGUGCCACAUCGUCAUCACCAUUAUCGUCACCUGAAAAAGAGAAAACGCGAGCUCAAGUAGCUCCAGAAGGUUGUUUCACAGUGUACGUUGGAGCCGAGAAACAAAGGUUCGUUAUCAAGACAGAGUUCGCUAAUCAUCCAUUGUUCAAGAUUCUGCUAGAAGAUGCUGAAUCGGAGUACGGGUUUAACAGCCAAGGUCCAAUUUUGCUACCCUGUGAUGUGGAGUUGUUCUACAAAGUGCUAGCAGAAAUGGAGGAAAGUGGUGGAGAUCCUGCUGGUUUCGGAUUUGGUAAAGGUUAUAGCCCAUUUCUCCCUUUCAGUCCCUCUCAUCGUCCCAACUUCAACAUUAACAAAGGUUAUGGAGCUUACAGGCUUCUGAGUCCCUCCAGAAUCCUCAAGAUCAAUGGAUUUUAACUUCGUUAAAGUUUGUGUAUGCGUAUAAAUUAACCAGCUAGCCCAUCUCUCUUUUACAAGUAUCCUAUUGGGUAUACAAAUACAUAUAUAUAUAUACUCAUAUAAUCAGCAUAUGAUUGAAUGUA